AUGAAACAGUUUUUGGGUACUACACGAAGUAUGACUGCAGCAGCGGAGAUAUAAAUCCAAUUGGGUCUUUAAAUAAACAAAAUGUGCGGAAAGUGCUGCAGUGGGCUGCGGAGAAGGAGCCUUUGAAGUGCGGGGUUGUUCGGGAAAUUCUGCUGCAGCAGCCCAGCGCGGAGCUGCGGCCGCCGGCAGCAGCAACAGCAGCAGCAGCAGCAGCAGCACAAACUGAUGAAGAGGAAAUGGGACUUUCUUAUGAUGAAUUAUCUCUUUUUAAUUUCUUGAGAUUUAAUCUGCGAUGUGGGCCCUUUAGUCUUUUUCUCCAAACCCUCCGACUCGGACAAACCGCAAACCCCGACGCCCUCUACAGGUUGGUGCGGCGGUUCUUCUGGGGCUACACGCGGAAUAGACACAAGUCCGCGACUUUGACUGCGGGGGCGCAUUUGGUGGACUUGGCCUCUGGAGAUAAAGAACUGGACUUGAGGCCUCUUUUGUAUCCUUCUUUGGAGUGGCAGUUUCGCGAAAUGCGGAAGAAAUUAGGGUUUAGAGAGGGCGUGUGA